GGGUCAAACAAUAUUAUCGACGAAGCAGGAAACUUACAUCAAGAAGCCACGAUUACACAUUUUUUUUUUUUUAAUAUUUCCAUUUGCAUUUUCCUCCUCCUCCUCUUGCCCCUCACCCCUCAAGUAAUCAGCUGAUCACUCAUGCAUAUCUUUUUUUUUUUUUCAAUCUCCUCCAAGCAUUAACACUUUUUUUAUAGCACCGCCAUUACCAACACACUCCUACUCUUUUUGUUUUCCUACUCCUCUAAUUCCUCUGAUUACGCCUCCCUCUUACUUAUUACUCCUCUUACUCCCUAUUUCCUCUACUCUUCCACGUUUGUUGUUUAUAUUAAUUUAUUUUACCUCCUCCUCCUCUUCGUUCUCCUCUUUAUCCUUCUUUUUCUCUAUUCUUACUCCUCCUCCUCUUCCUCCUCCUCCUCGUUCUAAUCCUCAUUCUUUUCUCCUCUUCUUUCUCUUCCUCUUUCUUUUUCUUCUCCUCCUCCUCCUCCUCGUUCUAAUCCUCAUUCUUUUCUCCUCUUCUUUCUCUUCCUCUUUCUUUUUCUUCUCCUCUUCCUCCUCCUCGUAUACCUGGCUCCCCCAUUUCACAAGGUCGCCAAAAGAGUGUAAACAGAGCCCCUAAAAACACACCUAUUGCGGAUAUUCACUUCCUCGAGAUGACAGGCGGUGUGUAACGGUGUAUAUAUUUUCUCUUCUUGCGUGUGUGCGUGCGUGUGUGUGCUCAGCUUGGAGGUGUGGUCGGGCGGGCAAGGAUGGGGCCUGGAGGUGGUGGGGGCGGCCUGCACUCACCACGCCAACUCGACGGCCAGGUAAGGUUGCAAACGUUAAUGAGAUUGUUUGAUUUUUAAGUUGUCAUUUUUUUGUAUUUGGUUAAUGUGAUGGACUAUGAGUCUUCACGUUCAUUUUGCCUCUUUAAUUAUUAAUGUAGCUGCAGGCUAUAAACUAUGUGCCUAUCUAUCGUUUAUCUGCCCAUCUAUCUAAGUAUCUAGCCUAAAAUACAUAUAAUCAAAGUCGAUAGUCAUCAUCAAUGUAAGGAUAAAACGUCACGGCAUGAGCUGCGGCAAACAUUCCUUUCCUCCGAGUGUUGCGUGGCGCGAGGAAGACAUGCAAUGCAGCAGCAGCGUGGCCGCGACGGUGCUCGCGCUGCCCCACACUGGACUCCUUGACUCACUGCUGACCUUGACCUGCAGGUGUGCGGACGGCGAGGCACACACUCCGUCAUGGAAGGAAGGGUGGACGCUGCCAUCCAAUGCCUCCUACAACUAUGCACUACACAAGGGCGGCAUCACCUUCACGGUGCUCAACUCUCGCAGCAGCCGCGUCAUCUUCCACAAGGUGUUCCAGCUGGGCCUGUACUGGGCGCACUGGGCGGACCUGGAGUGGCACCUGCAGCGCGUGGUCCCGGGGCGGGUCGUCGUCUUGGCCGUCGCCGUCUCCGGCGCGGUGGGUCUCCGCCACGCCGCCACGCGCCUCGCCGCUCUCGGCUCCCUCUUCGCCCUUCACCUGCCGCCCGCCGCGCACUGGACGUGGGUCUUCGUCAGGGGCGGUCGCACCCUCUCGGAGACGGUCACUCUCCCCGCCAGCGGCGCGCACCACGCCCACCUCCUGCUGCCGCUCUCCACACAGCCCCGCCCGCCCGACGCCGACCCUCGCUGGCACUACUGUGCCGCCCACGGUGCCAUGGGCGGCCUCUGUGACGAGCACAGCCCCGACCCGCUGCCGCCGCCGCCGCCCGCCCCCGUGGCGCGCCAAGCCGCCCUCGCCAACGUCCCCGUCAUCGUCACCGCCGGCGCCAGACACCAAUACCUUUACCACACCCUCACCGCCCUCCUGGCGGCGCCCGGCGCCCUCCGCCACAAUGUACUGGUGGUCCUGGGCGACGCCCCGCAGCCCACUGUCAACCUCCUCCGCCUUCUCGGCCUCAACUUCACCAGCGUCGCCGUCAGCGGCCAACACAACGACAAGCUCUUCCGCUACUACCGGGCCGUCUUUCGCCUGCUGGAGCGAUCUUUUCCCGACGCACCUGCUGCCAUCCUACUGGACGAGGACGUCGAGGUCUCACCGGACUUCUUCUCUUUCUUCAGCCAAACGCUGUGGCUGCUGCACGCCGACCCUUCGCUCUACUGCAUCAACGCAUACUCCGCCACGGGAUUCAGGGGCAUAGCUCAUGACCCGCAUACGCUCCAGCGUGCCAGCGUGCAGGUGGAGUGGGGCUUUGCUGUCACGCUGGACUUCAUCAGGGAAGUGAAUGCCAAGUGGCCGAGUGAGCCGCGGGAGAAUGACGUGAUACUCUAUGACGCCUGGCUUUUCCAACACGGCGCCCGCGGGCGUGAGUGCAUCUUCCCCGAGGUUAGUCGCUCCAAGCAUUUCGGCGUGGGCGUCAACAGCGAAGCCUGGAGCACAGAGAUGUACUUCCUCUCCAAGCCGCUGGUGGGACGGGCCCACGUGCCCCUGUUGGAGGUGGCGGACAUGGUGUGGGAGCCAUGGCAGCGGCGCUUUACUGACAGCCUCCGACGCGCCACGCCCCUCACCGGCAACCCCUGUGGGGAGGACUUUGUGCCACGCGUCAACACCCCCACGACCUUCGUGUUCUUCUACAAGCUAAGCAGAAAGCGGGACGGCCAGCCAGACUACCACAACUUUUACUUCGCCGCCAAGUGCCUCAACGCGUGGGGCGUGUCGGACCAGGGGCUCCACCAGCAGGUGUUGACGGUGCGUAUUUCCCUCCUGGCCACGCUGUACCUGGUGGGCACCCCGUUCUCCCCAUACGGACACCUCCGCCCACCGCACGUCAGGCCCUGGCGGAGCGAGACCCUUACAGCCCAGGAAGAGGAGGUCGUCAUGAACAGGAUCAAGCAGUUUGAGAUGGGGGAGUACCGCGUCACCAACCUCAACGUGACCGCUGACUCUCUACUGGACCUGCUGGCUGGCAGCGGAACCUGAGGCGGCGGCGACGAUCACUCCAUAGGAUUGCUCUCAUCCGAUACGCUCACGAGAGUUAGCCAUCGAUGUGGCAAGACGGGGGCAAGGGAGCACACGCUGACCAUAUAACAGGUGUUUGCUUUACACGGUGAGUGGGUCAUCUCUACCUUAAAUGACGCGAACAAACUAAGGUUCUUGUAUUUCUUUGCCAAGCUGGAGCCCAAACAAACCCAAGUCCGCUAACCUAGGUCACGGACACCCACAGAUAUCAAUUCAUUCAUGGGAAAAAAAAAUGCUGGUGUUUUCCGAGUUCCUAUAUCCUAACGGUGGCGGUGAAAAAAUGUACAAAAGAGCAUAAUUCAAAACUAUAAAUAAGGGUGAAGGGAAGGAUGUGGCAUUAAUAUAGGAAUGACGUCAAGAAAUGUACAAAAGAUCAAAAUCAAAAGUAAAAAUAAGGGUGACGGGAAGGAUUAAAAAUUUGUGGCAUUAUUAAAGACAACGAGACAAAUGAAGAGAUGAUGCAUUACAUAACUGACAACCAAAGGGGAAAAUAACAGUGGAGGGAGCCCUUGAAAAAUGAAGGUUGUUUCUUUUAAAUGAAGAGAGAGGAAAUAAAGGAAGGGGAGGAAGGAAGGAGGGCGUGAGAGAAGGGGAGGGCAGGCCACCACCACCGCAGUCACGAACACACUCACAGGUUGACCGGCCAGGCAUGACACCACGGCGACUCACUCCACCACCACCACCAGCAUCACCACCACCACCACUAUCACUACAACCAACACUACCAUCGCCACAACCACCAACAUCGCCAGCGACUCACUCCACCACCACCACCACCACCACUGCCACUAUCACCACAACCAAAACUACCAUCACCACAACCACCACCACCACCGGCGACUCACUCCACCUAAAUUUCCACCAUCAUCACAACCACCACCACCUCACAAAGCUAACUGAGGAAAUUCCAAAAAGUUGUGAAAGAUUUGUAUGAAAAAGAAUCUCUCUCUCUCUCUCUCUCUCUCUCUCUCUC